AUGCAUCACCCACCCAACCAGGAAAAGCAUGCACAACUCGAUGCUAAUGUCGUGUUACAUGUCGAUUCUUUUACUUUCUCACAGCAAUACAUUUGUAGAAUGCCAUCCAAUCGUGUUAUUUCCCAUCUAGCUCGACCCAACAUACCCAAUUUUUUCUUUUCUCCGCAUACACCCCCUUCUUCCCCAGUCGGAAAUUGCUGGAGAAUACUAACCCGCCUCUUGGCACGAAACCUGAGGCAAAACCUACCGCAGCCUCCCGACUUUAUCGCGAAACAGCCCGGUGUACUCUCAUCCCUUGGCGCGCGCCAGGUACAGCAUCCUGACUAUCGACGCCCCACACACACACACACUCAACGCCUAACCCGACUACUAAAACCAAAGCCCAUACCCAGGAGUAAAACAAAAAACGCGGGGCUUAGUCUACCCGACCCGCCAUCUCCACAUCAACAAUAG